AUGAGCUCCGGACUAGUCCCGCGGGACGGGACGCGCGAGCAUGAGCCCAUGCUGGGGGGCCGAUCGUCCGUGGAUUCCGACGUGGAGAGCCGACCGAGCGACACCCUCCUGUCCAGCUCCGCCGACUUUGAUGAGAAAGCGGCCUACAGACGCCCUGCGGGGAGGAGGUCCUUCAAGUGGAUUCUGGGUCUCACUUGCCUGUCGAUGCUGUUGCUCUUCGGUCUCAUCUUCCUUCAGUUUUUCAACGUACAGAGCAAGGCGGCGCCGCCGGAAGAGGCCCACGGCGAGGACAACCACGCCGGCGAGCAGCAACAGCAGGAUGAGCCCAUCCCGACGCCCGAGCCGGAGCCCGUGGCAGAAGUCACGCCGACGAUCGUCGCGACAACGAGCUUGGUCCCCACGCAGACGCCUGAGGUCAAGUUGACGCCUGAACAGCAGUUCGACUUGAAAACUGGAUUUGCGGUAUCAAACGCGACGACGCUACGCGAAUAUGUUUUCAACAUUACCAGACAGUCGCACUCACCUGAUGGAUUCGAGAAAUCGAUGAUCUUAAUCAACGGACAGUCCCCCGGACCACUCAUUGAGGCAAACACCGGCGACACAGUCCGUGUAACCGUCAACAACCAGAUGCUACAGGAAAGCACGACCAUUCAUUGGCACGGUAUCGACCAGAGGAACACACCUUGGAUGGAUGGCGUUCAUGGCGUUACCCAGUGCGCGAUUCCUCCUGGUCAAGGCUUCACUUACCAGUUCAACCUCACUGAACAACGAGGGACGUUUUGGUGGCAUGCCCAUGUCACCGUUCAGGUCACUGAUGGACUAUUUGGACCCUUGAUCAUUCAUGACCCGGAUGAGAAGAUUCCGGCAGUUGAUGAUGACAAGAUUCUCAUGGUUGGUGACUUGUUCCAUGAGUACGGAGGAAACCUCCUCAAUCAAUACUUGAGCGCCACACCUCCCUGGGCGCCUACGAAGCCUGGCAGAGAGCCUCCGCCAGACAACGUCAUCAUCAAUGGAAAGAACACAUUCAACUGCUCCAGCAUUGCCGAACACAAAACAGGCGCCGACAAGGCCGCCGACAAAGGUAGCGGCGAACACAACAUGGCAGACAUGGACAUGACCGACAUGAAGGACCAUGACGGUCACAAGAUGGGAGGUCACAGCUCAAAGCGAGACGACUCAUCCAAGUGCACCUGGGGCACCUUGCACAACACGCGCGUAAAGAGCGGAUCAAAGUCCCGUCUCCGCCUCAUCAAUCACGGCACUUCAACCCCGAUCUUCGUCACCGUCGACAAUCACACCAUGGAGAUUGUUGAAAUCGACGGCGUCGAGGUCAACCCCAUCGCGACCACCCGUGUGUACAUGAACCCAGGCCAACGCUACUCCGUCAUCGUCAACGCCAACCAGACCGCCGGCAACUACCUCAUUCGUGCGGACGCUGCCGUCAGGUGCUUCCACAUGUCGCACAAGAACCACAAGUCCGGCAUGCACGGUGCUCCGUUCGGGGCCACCGCCAUCUUGUCGUACGAUGAGACGGACAUUGGCGUCCCGCCGAUGGGCCAGGCCUGGAAUCUGAAGGCCACUUCGAGCCCUGGCAUUGGUAAGGAACCUUGGGGCAGCCACUGCGAAGACUUGCCCUUCAACUUGCCCAAGCCGAUGAGGAAGAGGACUGCGUACAUUCCUGGAGACAGGAACUUCCAUUACUUCACCUUCCGACAGGACAAGGUUGGGGAUGUCGUGCGCACUCACGUCAAUGAUACGCUCUUCACCCCACUUAAGGAUGACGCGACCUUGUGGAAGGUCAUGGGCCAGGACAUGUCGCUGGAAAACCUGAACUCACCGACCCCGAAGUUGGACUUUGGCAAGGAUCAAUUCGUUCUGUAUUCCAAGGACGACAAGGCGGCCCAGAUCGUCGUCAACUCUGACGCUAUGAUGGUUCACCCUUGGCACUUGCACGGCCAAAACUUCCAAAUCGUUGGCUGGGGUCACGGCUUGUUCGGACAGAGUGGAACGACAUGGAAUUUCGACAACCCUAUGCGGCGAGACACCGUCACCAUCCCCGGGUUUUCGCAUAUCGUUAUCCGCAUUCUAGCUGAUAACCCUGGCGUGUGGGCGUUUCAUUGCCAUUACCUCUGGCACGCCGAAGCUGGCAUGUUCGUCUCUAUUGCGCAGAGAAUGGGCGAGCUCGGGACUUUGCUGGGUUCACUUGAUGCUGCUGGCAAUGCCGAGGCCAUCAAGAAGAAGUUCUGCCCUACGCCGAAUCCUCCAGCAGCGCCAGCAGCGUCAACGCAAACGGCCAAUCCGAUCCAAGUCGGACGAGCAUGA